GAAAAAGCCGCUGUAUGUUUCUUUCUGGAACAUCUUAAGAUAACAGCGCUAAUCAUCAUUAUAUUAAAUAUUUCGAAUAAAAUUUCCAGUGUAGGUUAGAUCUGAUAUAGUUAAAAAAAUACAGGUUAAUUGUUUUGCCUAUGUUUGAAGAUUCGUUAUGCUUUAAACCCUGAGAGCUGUUAUAAUGAGUUCAGCAGGAGACAGACAGUGCUCCUCCAGGACGUCUCAGUCUCCUGAUCCCUCACAGCUGUAUGAAGACAUGAAAAUAGAGAUUUCAGAUGGAUGGAUAUCCCAAGUAUCAGGAGUCUGUGUGAAGAAAGAGGAGACACUGGAGCUGAAUAUCUCCAACCAUGGAGACGACCUCAAGAACCUACCUGUACUUCUGUCCGUUAAAGAAGAAGAUCCGGACAAUAAAGACUCCCUCUAUUGUGAAGUUUGCAAAUCCUUCUUCUUUCACAAGUGUGAGCUUCACGGACCACCCUUCUUCAUCCCUGAUACUCCUGUUCCCAUGGGAGUUCCUGACCGAGCAAGACAAACUCUUCCUCCUGGACUAGAGAUUCGGAAGUCCGGUACUCCUGACGCAGGCCUGGGAGUGUUUAAUAAGGGAGAGACUGUUCCAAUAGGUGUACACUUUGGACCCUACCAGGGAGAGCUGGUGGACAUAGAGAAAGCAAUGAACAGCAGAUACUCCUGGAUGAUAUGCAGGAGCAGGCAGUGUGAAGAGUACAUAGAUUCCACAAGAGAAAUGCAUGCAAAUUGGAUGAGGUAUGUGAAUUGUGCUCGUAAUGAUGAAGAACAGAACCUUGUGGCGUUUCAGUAUAGAGGGGAAAUUCUGUAUCGUUGCUGUCGACCCAUUAAUCCAGAACAGGAGCUCUUGGUGUGGUAUGAUGAGGAGUAUGCCAAAGAACUCAGUCCUAUGUUUCAUGACCUCUGGAACAAAAAGUGUGCCAUGAAUGACACAAACAUCCAGAGAUGCCACUAUGAAGAUUAUUUGAAACCAUGCGAUUUGGGAGAGAUUAAACAUGAUCUUCAGAUCCCCUCCAAAGACUCCAGUAGUCAGCCAACAUCAUCUGAUAGUCUUGGUUCUGACACUGCUAACAGUGAUGACCAAAAGGAAAUUUACCAUUGCUCAGGACGUGGAAAGAAUUUUGGUCAUCAGAGUGCUCUCCAACAACAUGAACAAGUUCACCCAGGAGAGGAGCCAUAUCAAUGCUCACAGUGUGGAAAGAGUUUUACACAUCAGAGUCAUCUCCAAACACACCAGUGCAUUCACACAGUAGAGAAGCCAUAUCGCUGCUCACAUUGUGGAAAGGGUUUUACUCAACAGAGUAACCUCCAACAACACCAGCGCAUUCACACAGGAGAGAAGCCAUAUCACUGCUCACAGUGUGGAAAGAGUUUUACACAUCAGAGUCAUCUCCAAACACACCAGCGCAUUCACACAGGAGAGAAACCAUAUCACUGUUCACGUUGUGGAAAGGGUUUUACUCAACAGAGUGAUCUUCAGCGACAUCAGCGCAUUCACACGGGAGAGAAGCCAUAUCUCUGCUCACUGUGUGGAAAAAGUUUCACCCAAAAGAGUCAUCUCCAACAACACCAGCGCAUUCACACAGGAGAGAAGCCACAUCACUGUUCACAAUGUGGAAAGAGUUUCAUUCAUCAGAGUCAUCUCCAAGAACACCAGCGCAUUCACACAGGAGAGAAGCCUCACCACUGCUCACAGUGUGGAAAGAGUUUUACUCAUCAGAGUGCUCUGUAUCAACACCAGCGCAUUCACACAGGCGAGAAGCCUCAUCACUGCUCACAGUGUGGAAAGAAUUUUACUCAUCGGAGUGCUCUCCAACAACACCAGCGCGUUCACGCAGGAGAGAAGCCGUAUCACUGCUCACAGUGUGGAAAGAGUUUUAUUCAUCAGCGUAAUCUCCAGCUACACCAGCGGAUUCAUACAGGGGAGAACCCUCAUCAGUGCUCACAGUGUGGAAAGAGUUUUUUUCAUCAGAGUCAUCUCCAACUACACCAGCGCAUUCACACAGGAGAGAAGCCGCAUCACUGUUCACAAUGUGGAAAGUGUUUUACUCAAAAGAUUCAUCUCCAACGGCACCAGCGCAUUCACACAGGAGAGAAGCCGUAUCAUUGCUCCCAGUGUGGAAGGAGUUUUAUUCAUCAGAGUUAUCUCCAACAACACCAGCGCAUUCACACAGGAGAGAAGCCCCAUCUCUGCUCACAGUGUGGAAAGAGUUUUACUCAAAAGAUUCAUCUCCAACGGCACCAGCGCAUUCACUCAGGAGAGAAGCCGUAUCACUGCUCACAGUGUGGAAAGAGUUUUACUCGACAGAGUCAUCUCCAGCAACACCAGCACGUUCAUACAGGGGAGAAGCCGUAUCUCUGCUCACAGUGCGGAAAGAAUUUUACUCGUCAGAGUGCUUUCCAACAACACCAGUGCAUUCACACAGGAGAGAAGCCGUAUCACUAUUGACAGUUUACUCGACAGAACCAUCUCCAGACACAUCAGCACAUUCACAUAGGAGAGCAGCCUCACCACUGCUGACAGUAUGGAAAGAGUUUUACUCAUCAGGGUAGUCUCCAAGUCCACCUGUGCGUUUGCAAGAGAGAGAAACCAUAUCACUUCUCACAGUGUGGAAACACACUUAUUUAUUCAGUUCCAUCAUCACCACAUGAUUAACUGCAUGCAUUAACUGCAAUACUAUGAUCAGUGUCAUGCAGCAGCAUUACACUGGAACAGAACCAUUGAGCUACCAGAAAGUUUACUUGCCAGUAAACUUGAGUCAUAUGUGAAUAGAACGGAAACAGUACCAACAUUUCAGUUCAAGUCUUUUUGCUCAUGUUCUACUAAUAUAUUAUAUUCUAUUGUAUUGUUCCAAGAUUAAUAUAUGUAAUUUUAAUAAUUAAGAUCAGUUAAAUUUAUUUUGAUUUCAGUAAGAGUCUUUGUUCACUCAAAAUGCAUAAGUGUCUGUACUUUGCUAAUUCAUAAAGUACACAUCUGUUCCCUGGGUCAUAAUGAUGUCCUUGCUCCCAUUUUAGCUUAUCUAAGCCUUGGGCUAUAUCUAUCUGGUUUAGUGUGUUCCCUUUGUACGCACACGUUAGUGUAAGAUCAGUACAUAAACUGGCUGUGUCCAACUUUUCUUUAGCCUAAGACUGUUGCCCAGGUUGUCUUGUGUGCACAAUAAAUCAUCUCUUUUAUUA